UCUACACCGUGCUCGUCUCUGUUCUGUUGGCCAGCCGUCAGCCCGUCACCGACCCCGCCGGCAUGGCGCUCCUGGAACUGCUCUCGCGCCUGCGCCUCGCACCUCUCCACUAUCACCUCCGCCGCUCUCUCUCCGCGGCCGCCCCUCCACCACACGAGCCGCCCCCUCCCCAUCAUGCCCUACCGUCACAGCCGGCCUCCAACAAGCACAAGCUCUUCGUCGCCGGGCUCUCGUGGUCCGCGGACGAGCGGUCGCUGACGGACGCCUUCUCCUCCUUCGGCACCGUCACCGAAGAUGGUGCGCGUGGUAGGUGCUCGACGAAACGGCUCCCAGGUCCUGGACGACCUGGUUCCGCCCAGCCUCGCGAACUGUUCGACAGAAUGCCUGUUAGGGACGUGGUUGCCUUCUCGGCGGCAAUCUACCGGAAUGCGAGGGCCGGGUCGUUCGACGAGGCCGUUGGGCUGUUUGUCGGCAUGGUGAGGGCAGGAGUGUGCCCAAACUCGUUCACCUUGGUCGGUGCAUUGCUCGCCGCCGCCGGGCUGGGUGACGCCGUGCUCACCGAGUGCAUCCAUGGGUGGGUUGUCAAGCUUCGGUUGGACUCCAAUCCUUUUGUCCGAACCGCGUUGCUUGAUUCAUAUGCGAAAUGCGGUUGCCCCAUCAAGGCACGUGCUUUGUUUGGUGAAACGAGGGAUCCAGGUAUAGUUACCUGGAAUGCGAUGAUCUCCGGGUUAGUGCACAAUGAUUUGUUCGAGGAGGCAGUGUUGGUGUUUAAAAGGUUGCUUCGUUCGUUGGGGCCAAUUCAUAAUGUUGUGACUAUGAUAAGCACUGCUCAAGCUUGCGCUGGUUGCGGUGAUGCUGGACUAUGUGGAACUGCACAUGCUUACACGGUCAAGAUGGGGCUUGAUUUGAAUGUAUCAGUGACAAACUCGAUACUGGGCAUGUACUUGGGUUUUGCUAGUCUUGAGAUUGGAAGAGAGAUUUUCAGGAAGAUUCCUGUCAACAAUGUUGUUAGUUGGACGAUGAUGAUGGGUUUCCUUCUUGAGAAAGGGCAUGCUGGUGAAGUUAUAUGUAUGUUUGUCAAGAUGAGGUCAAACGGUAUAGUUCCUGACAUGGUAUCAAUGGUUGGUUUGGUGCAAGCUUGUGCACUUAUGGGUGAUGGAAGCAGAGGAAAGUUGGUUCAUAACCAGAUUGUAAUCCGUGGGUUUAGUAGAGAGCUUCCUGUAGUGAAUUCAUUAAUCACAAUGUAUUCCAAAUGUAAGGAUUUAAGCUCUGCAAGGAAGUUGUUUGAUGGAAGAAGGGAUAAGAGCUUGGUCUCAUGGACUGCAAUGGUGGCGGCGUGUGUAGAAAAUGGAGAUUUGCUAGAAGGAUUGGAUCUCUUUGCUAAGAUGAGGCAUGGAGGCUUGUUUGCGAUUGAUUCUGUAACGUUAGUCACCUUAUUGCUCGCAUGUUAUGUGAUUGCUAAGUUUGACCUGUGUGUUCAGCUUCAUGGGUAUAGCUACAAGUCAGGUUUGUCUUUGUACAGACCUGUUCUUAACACCCUUAUGGCAGUUUAUGGUAAAUGUGGAUAUGUGGCUCUAGCCCAAAAAUUGUUUGAUGAGAUGAUUUGUCGAGACACUGUCUCAUGGAAUACUAUGAUAUUAUCCUUUGGUAUAAAUGGCCAAGGAGAGGAAGCAAUAACACUUUUUAAUGAGAUGGAGAAAUCUAGCGAGGGCCGAGACAGUGUAACAUACUUGAACACAUUGCUAGCAUGCAGCCAUUCUGGCCUGGUGGAUGAUGGGUUGAUCAUCUUUAGAAGAAUGAUAAACGAUAAGGGCAUAAAUCCAUGUCAGGAGCACAUUGGAUGCAUAGUGGAUAUGUUAGCAAGAGCUGGCCGCUUGGACGAAGCAGCAGGAGUGGCUAGCUUGACUGACAAUAAAUUGGGACUAAAUGCUUGGAAAGCCCUUAUGGGAGGGGGUCAUUUGCACAGUGACAUGAAGUUCACUAACGUUGCUGCGGAGAAGGUGCUUACAGUGGAAUCAUUUGAUUCUGGACACGUGUUGUUACUUUCUAACACUUAUGCAUCACUUGGGAAAUUCAGUGCUGCUGAAUCUGUCAGAUCCUGUUAUACAAAACAGAUCGCAAAGAAAACUCUGGGGCUUAGUUCAAUUUAGGCCAUGCCAUCCAUCACAAGGUAGCUGAAGAGUACUUCCCUGGGAAGGGUAAGGAUAUAUACCACACAAGGACCACCAGUCUCAAGCUAUUGGAAUCUAUUUUAGGCAUUAACGUUUGAAUUUUACUUUGUCAAAUGGUUAAGUCUACUGUGAAGUGUGGACAAUGGAUGAGCAUCAGCAUUAGGUUUCAAAAGGCUCAGGUGCAAUAGUGGAUUGCCUCGGACCCUUGGCCAUUGGGUCUUAAGUCUUGUGACUAACAAUCGGCUCAGCCUUUUGACACAUGAAUGUGGAGUUUGUCAGACGGUAUUCUGACCACUUAGAAGAGUUUUUAAGCACACCUCAAAUUUUCAUUACUUUCUUUUGUUUAUGCCCAUUUUCCUUACAUAUGGGUUGGAAUAUAUCUGGUUAGAACUUGGAGUCCCAAUCUUACUAACCUCUGGUUGGCUCGAUUGGCAUCUGUAUCAAUCACUCUGGAGCUGGUCCUCAAAACACGCAUGCUGAUUGCAACAACUCCAAAGAAAAGGAGAGUGAAUAGCAGCAACAUCAACAAGACAACAAUGUACAUUCACAGUAAUAUAUAUGUUGGUAGAGGAAGCUGCAACUACCAGUUGUGUGCUGUGCGUAGUAUCUAAUUACUUUUGAGUAAGAUGGUUGGUUGCAC